AUGUUUUCCAUCCCGCCAAGGGCCUCCCGACGCUCCCUGACCCGAGGCUCAGCCCCGCUAUCGGCUGGGAACAGGGGAGACGACCCAGGGCCUCCGGACCUCAGGAGGCGGGAGGUUGUGGGGGCGACGCGGAGUGGGGAGCCGGGCUUCCGGCCCUCGCUACCCGGCGUCGGCCUACGGGGUGCCUGCGCACCCGCCCCACCCAGCGGUGAGUCACGGGGCAGGGCCCGCGGGGCGCUUUGUUGUGUGGGGCGCGGCAGCUCGGCUUGGUCCUACCCUGACACGCCCCUAGGAGGGGCUUCGGGGCUCGAGGCCUCGCACGUGAGCACAAAGACUGUGGGGCGGGGCCUUGCACGUGCGCGCUCGCCUGCAGGAGACCCUUCCCUUCCGCAGCCCUUUCCUUCCGGACAAACCUGUAACUUCCGCCCCCAGAAGGUUCUGUCGGGCCAGUCUCGGAUGGACUGGGGUUCCCAGCACCCCCGCUCCAGCCAGGCCUUUACCCCGGCACUCCCUCCACCUGCAAUCGCCUCCCAUCCGGACCGCGCGUCUGGGGAUUCUGCGUUUCAUUUCAAGCAUAUUGACUACGCUGCGCUUCCCAGUUCUGGAGAGAUUUAACCAGCGGACUCGAGGCGCGCACCCUGCCUUCCUGGCUUCCCAGCAGGGGACGGUGUCCCCAACCUGGCUGCCAGCCCAGGUGCUGCGGGGCAGGUCUGCCUAGGAGGCCGUUCCCUUCUCCAGUCUAUCUCCCGCGCGGGGCACGCCUCUGCCACCCUCACCCCAGACUUGCCCCGGUUCCACGGUCGGUUACUUGUUGCUGACUGUCCCCAAAAGGAAGAUCUUUCUAAGUCUGCAAAAUGUGCGAAAGUCCUUGAAGAGACACCUAGAGCAGUGUGGGGGGGUGGGAAGGCGUUUCCAGGAGCCCCCGCCUCCAGGAACAGGUCCCAGGGUCUGGAGAGCCAGCCUCGGAGCCACUCUAGGAGGCUGGUGGGGCUGGACUGGCAAAGCCCGGCAUGGUUCUGGUGUACGUCAUUCCCGGGUGACUCAGGGGUGAAUCCCAAGGAACUGUUCACUUUUUCUCCUUGUGAGUGAUCGCCUUAGGCACGAACCAGCUGUGGCCAAGGAGAGAGGUCAGGUCUGAGGCCAAGGGUCUUCUAGGAAAGGCUUUUCUUGCCUCAGGGUGGGGCGUGCUGGCUCACGCCUGUAAUCCUAGCACUGUGGGAGGCUGAGACCGGGAGAAUGGCUUGAGUCCAGUAGGUCGAGGGCCGCUGCACUCAAUCUGGGCAACAGAAUGAGGCCCUGUCUUAAAAAAUAAUAAUAAAUAAAUAAAAAGACCAGCCACCUUUCAUCUUCCCCUGGACAUCUUGUGGCUGGAAAAGAUCCCUAGAACCAGCCACUUGAAACCACUGGAGGAACAUGCCUGAGGAAAAGCCCACCUGCUGAUUAGGGCAGAGCCUCCUGAACCUCCAGCUUCCUACAGCACCCCCUCCCUGUCCACCUCAGCCACCUUGACCUUCCCAUCGUGCUCCUGCUACCUGGGGAUCUUCACACCUGCUGCAUUUUCUGCCUCGCAUACUCUCCAUAAAUCACCCUUGCCUAUUGCUCAGCAGCCUUGAGCAUGCCCCCCACCCCACAAUGUAUCAGGCCACUGGUGAGGCAUUCUCACACCCCCUGUACCUCCUUUUUACAGUCACAAUGAAUUAAUCCGUUGCUUUCA